AUGUUUUCUCACGAUGGGGAAGUCAUCCAAAUAGAGGGCGACUCUUCGCCGUUGCACGAGGACCUGUUUGGGUCGGCCUCGUCAGACACCAGCACGGAGUCCCCGCAAGUUUCGCCCGAAAUGCCUGCCCAGGUCAGAUUCUAUACCCCGUUCGAUAGUGCCAAUGGCGUAAAGGACUCGAACGUGAAAAGCGAGUCUCAGGCGCCAGAUAAACGUCGCAAGCUCGACCAGCUAGUCAAAGAGGGUCCCUCGGACGUGAUCGAUCUGACUUCCGACGUGGAGGACGAAAUCAAAGAUGAAAAUCACGAUAGUGAACAGUCCGAUGACGAAGUCAUUUUUGUCGGUUCCACCACCAUCUCGCAUCCAGAACCUGUUCAACCACAUCAGGCCAGUCCUCCCGUGGACAGAGACCAUAUUCGUGACUCACUGGUGAAGGGAAGAGAACAUCUGACAAAACUGAACGAGGUUGUCAAAUCAUUGAUCGAACGACGCACCUCUCUUAUCAAGUUCACCUCUGGUGGUAUUGGUAAACUGUCAGAACAGGUUCUUGCCAGCUAUCAUAUGAAGAUCAGCAAUAUAAACAACAAGAUAAACGACUACUUCAAACGGAUCCGAGAAACAACGUCCAAAAUCAACCUAUUAGCAAAUUACGAGCACACGCAGCAAUCACAACAUUUCCAGCCAUCGCAGGCAUUGGGACCCGCCCAGUCGAUGUACCAAUUCGGUGAGAAUAGCAUGAACCGUCUCUCGAACUUGUACGCUUUCAAUCCGUACAUGCAACGCUACAACGACAAUUCCGAAGCUGACAAUAUCAAAGAUCUUUUGGAUAAUAUUCGGCCCGACGAAGAGUUUGAGGAUGGAAUAGAGAAAACCCCGGAACAGCUCAGUAUCGGGCUGCUGAAACAUCAGCGAAUCGGGUUGAAAUGGAUGCUCAGCAUGGAAGACUCGAAAAAUAAAGGAGGAAUCCUUGCUGACGAUAUGGGACUCGGUAAAACAGUCCAGGCAAUUGCACUGAUGGUGGCCAAUAGUGCGCAAAGUGGCUCCUGUAAUACUAAUCUGGUGGUGGCUCCAGUUUCGCUUUUACAACAGUGGGGCCAAGAGUUGGAGUUCAAGUUGAAGAAAGAGCAUCAAUUGAACUACUACAUCUACCACCAAAAUAACAGACUCACGAGGUUCAAAGACAUGUCCAAGUUUGAUGUUGUUUUGGUGUCGUACAACACUUUGACGUCGGAAAUGAAGAAACAUUACAAGGAAGCUCUUGAGGAUCUGAAAAACAAAAAGAAGUCUACUUUGCCUGAACGCGGCGACGGUGGAUUGGAGUAUGAGUCGCCUUUUUAUACUCCAGACGCCGUUUUUCGACGUAUAUUCCUGGACGAGGCCCAGUCGAUCAAAAACAAGCUUACACAGGGAUCCAAGGCCGUUGCUUUACUCAAGGCUGAAUAUAGGUGGUGUCUUUCGGGAACUCCUAUCCAGAACAACAUUGACGAGCUGUUUCCGAUAUUGAGGUUUUUGGAGAUCAAGCCAUACUGCGACGAGAAACUGUUCAAAGAGCGUAUUUCCAAUCCGCUGGGAGGCAAUUACGGUAACGAAAGCCGCGCUUUGCGGACGGUGCAGGCGCUGCUUUCUGCUAUUCUUCUUCGUCGGACCAAGAGUUCGCUUAUUGACGGAAAACCUAUUUUGCAGCUUCCGGAAAAACACGUUGUGGUGGACCAUGUUGAAAUGAAGGCAGACGACCGUGAAUUUUACCUUGCCUUGGAAGCCAAGUCUGCGCGUACUGCAAACCAGAUUCUGAACACAGAGGCAGAAAGCGGUGGUGGUAAGGGUCAAUACAGCGAGAUAUUGACACUGUUGCUACGUUUAAGACAAGCGUGUGACCACAGGUUUUUGGUGCAGAUCGGACAGGAUAAAGAGCGAGAAUUCAAGGCUGAUCAGAUCAAGAACGGGUUCAAAGCGGCCAGAAAGUUUACACCCGAACAGUGUGAGCAGAUAAAUGAAGAGCGCGGGAACGGGUUCACGUGUCAGAUGUGUUUUGAGGUGAUUGAAGCAGACAUGAAUGUGAUUCUUCUGGGUAAUUGCGGUCAUUCUGUGUGCAAAGACUGUGUGGAGCAAUUUUUUGAGGACAACCAGGAAACCGUUUGGAACGGCGACCGGUCUGCGCGGUGCAAGACGUGCGAGAAGGCCAGCAGCGAGAGUUUGUGUGUUGAGUUGCCUGUUUUCGAUGCUGUUUGCAACAAGCAGCAAGAUUGGAAGCAGGUUCAACGACAAUUCAACAUCCAGAAUCAGACUUUGAACUCUGUGCAAAGGGCGGCGAAAGUCAAGGAGCUAAUUGAGAGCGAAGGCGGCGGACUGGUUAUAUCUGCCAAGAUCGAGCGUUGUUUGUCGCUGAUCAACGAUAUUCUCAUCAACAAGCCAGGAGAAAAGAUCAUUAUCUUUUCGCAGUUCAUGGUGCUGUUUGACAUUUUGGAGUUGUUUCUACAAGAACAAGGGAUUGAGUUUCUACGGUACGACGGGUCUAUGAACGUGGAGGCGAAAAGCGCGAGCGUGGCGACGUUUUACCAAAACGAUGCAAAACGAGUGAUGCUGCUUUCGCUAAAAGCAGGAAAUGUCGGACUUACGCUUACGUGUGCGUCACACGUUAUCAUUUUGGAACCGUUUUGGAAUCCGUUUGUGGAAAGGCAAGCACAGGAUAGAGUGCACCGGAUUUCGCAAGAAAGGGAAGUGUACGUGCACCGGAUAUUAAUCCGGGGAACUGUGGAGGACAGGAUCAUGGAUUUGCAGGCGGAAAAAGAGAAGCUUGUGGACAGUGCCUUGGACCCUUCGGCACGCAAGACGGUCAACAGACUGAGUCGUGUGGAGCUCGGGUUCUUAUUUGGCUUGAAUGGACUCAGCACGUUGGAAAAUGAGUAG